UUGACUCAUAUCCGGGGAAAUCAUAAACUGAAUAGUAGGGAAGAGGAAGCACGGCUUUUACUUCACCGGAGCCUUACGCUCUCCCUGCAAGCCAAGUGUCCCUCUGAGAAAAGCAAAGACUAAGCCAAGACUUCUGUCUUUAACAAGGCAGCCACUUCAGCUGUAUUGAUGUUUCGAUUGAUCUUUUGCUCCUGAUUGUUCAAAGUGGACCCCAAAGGAGAAGGCAGAGCAAAGAAGUUCCCGCCAAGCAGUCCAAAAGGCCCAGAAGCAAACCUGGAGGUGAGACCUGAAGAAAGCUGGGACCAUGCUGACGUUGUGCGUUGUGAAGCAGACUCCGUUACUGGAAAGCUCAUCGUCAAUGCAGAUGAGAAAGACGAGGAUCCCCAAAUCUGCCGUGUAUGUGGGGACAAGGCCACUGGUUAUCACUUCAAUGUCAUGACAUGCGAAGGAUGCAAGGGCUUUUUCAGGAGGGCCAUGAAACGCAAUGCCGGGCUGAGGUGCCCCUACCGGAAGGGCACCUGUGAAAUCACCCGUAAGACCCGGCGACAGUGCCAGGCCUGCCGCCUGCGCAAGUGCCUGGAGAGUGGCAUGAAGAAGGAGAUGAUCAUGUCCGAUGCGGCCGUGGAGCAGAGGCGGGCCUUGAUCAAGAGGAGGAAGAGAGAACGGAUUGGGACUCAGCCAUCGGGAAUGCAGGGGCUGACUGAAGAGCAGCGGAUGAUGAUCAGGGAGCUGAUGGAUGCUCAGAUGAAAACCUUUGACACCACCUUCUCCCAUUUCAAGAACUUCCGGCUGCCUGAGGUGCUUAGCAGUGGCCAUGAGAUUCCAGGGAUUCUGAAGGCCCCAACAGCGGAAGAAGCUGCCAAGUUGAGCCAGAUCAGACAAGAUAUGUGCUCUGUGAAGGUCUCUCUGCAGCUGCGAGGGGAGGACGGCAGCAUCUGGAACUACAAACCCCCAGCUGACAACAGCGGCAAAGAGAUCUUUUCCCUGCUGCCCCACAUAGCUGACAUGUCAACUUACAUGUUCCAAGGCAUCAUCAACUUUGCCAAAGUCCUCUCCUACUUCAGGGACUUGCCCAUUGAGGACCAGAUCUCCCUGCUGAAGGGCGCCACCUUCGAGCUGUGCCAACUGAGAUUCAACACAGUGUUCAACGCGGAGAAGGGGACCUGGGAGUGUGGUCGGCUGUCCUACUGCUUGGAAGACGCUGCAGGUGGCUUCCAGCAAUUUCUCCUGGAGCCCAUGCUGAAAUUCCACUACAUGCUGAAGAAGCUGCAGCUGCAUGAGGAGGAACCGCCCAGGUGUGAUGCAGCGCGGUGUGAUAGACCAGCUGCAGGAGCGAUUCGCCAUUACCCUGAAGGCCUACAUCGAGUGCUGUCGGCCCCAGCCCGCCCACCGGUUCCUGUUCCUGAAGAUCAUGGCAAUGCUCACCGAGCUCCGCAGCAUCAAUGCCCAGCACACCCAGCGGCUGCUGCGCAUCCAGGACAUACACCCCUUUGCCACCCCCCUCAUGCAGGAGUUGUUCAGCAUCACAGAUGGCUGAGCACUGCCCUUGGGUGGAGCUUCCGUGGGCAGCCAGACUUAGAGCCCUUUGAGCUGCCACUCCUGGGCCUAGACAGAUGGACGCCGCUGAUAGCGGACAAUGCCCUGCUGAGCCCGCCUCCCCAGGGAACUCACUCCUGUGGCCACAUCUGGCCAACAUCCCUCAGGAAGAGGACGUGGGUCCUCGCAACCCUCAGUUCAUUCUGUGGAGAGUGCACUGGCUGGUAGGUCAAGCCCAUCAGAGAGGCAAGGCUGCCCUCCCCUUAGCAAAGGCACUGUGGUCUGGGGAGAAAUCCCCAGGUCCCAGUAAAGUGUCAUGACGGGGAAGGGAAAGGGGUGAUCGGUGCUGGGCCAUCUGAGGGUCAACACCCAUACCCAAGUUCAUUAGCUUCUUGAGUCUCUCCAUUGCUCCCUUAAUACUCUGGUCUCCCACUUUCCCUCAUUCCCAACUCCCAGCCUCCUGUCCUGAGCCUCUCAGUGGGUACCAGGCCUGUGCUCAUCAGCAGGUGCAUUAAUGUCUGUGGGAAGCUUCUGCACCAAAUGUCAGAAGCUUGUCAUGACCUCAUUCUGGGCAUAUCAUUCUGUACCUCUGCAUCCAUUCAACACAUUGUUAAGCACCAACAAUGUCAACCUGCUGCGGUGUAUACAACGCUGAGUCAGUUAUGGAGCCUAACCUCAAAGAGUUUAUAUUAAUAGUUAAAAAAACAAAGCAGAAACACAAAUAACUUGGAUCAAAAGGAGAAAUGAUGAGCGACAUAAGCAGCUCAAGGAAUCUUUGUGUGUGGACGCUGAACUGUGCUGGGGUUCUGCGGGCACCUGGGCCCCAAGUGAAGGUGCCUUAGGACACGUGUUUGUGGGAGGAAGGGCACAGGUGGUCGUGGGUGCACGUGUGUGACUUGGAGUGGGUAGGUCUGCUCCCCCUCUGAUGGGGCCUGGGUUUGCCACUGAGGCUGCAACACUGGGGUACUGUGUGACAAGGCUAUGUUGACAGUUAAUAAACAUACUAGUGUAGAACCA